CUGCGCGCGGCGAAAGGCGGCGAACAUUUCCCGGUCUUCAUUGACGAGCAGGUACUGCGCUGUUUCCUGGAUUGCCUUUACCACACGGGUGCUGCCAUCGGUGCGUGGUACCGGCGACAGCGCAGCUCCCCCGAGGAGUUCGAGGCGUUCUGCAUUGCCCUCACGCACUACGUGUACGAGCUGGGGUUCGAUUUUCAACCGGCCGACUGGGGCGCUUUUCUCGCGCCCUGCCUGGGGACGAAGAAGUUCUCGCAGGAGGAGGGUCCUCGUGGCAAGAUGAUGAAAGCCUCUACUAAUAUCGCUUUGGGGUACGAGAAAGUCGGGAUCUUUUCGCGCACCGUUGAUUUCGGGCGCGUGUGCAGGCGUUUGUACGCCGCGAAGGUGGUGCGCAUCAGGGAAGACAACGCGCCGCAAGACGACGACGACCUCCACGGUGCCUACGGUGACCGAAAAGCGUUUGCUGCUUCCGCGUCGGCGCGACUAGCGAAAACCAAGCGGGAGCGCCGCCAGCUGCGCCAGGACGGAGACGAACUGAAUCCCGACCACGCGCUCGUCGCGGAGCGCAGUUCCGAAGAGAAUCCCUUCCCGGUUCCGGGCCUGUUUUCGAAAGCCUUUGCGGUCGAGGCACUUGCGCCGGAUGGCGGGUUCGAGGACGUCAACAUGCUGUUUGGCCCCGAGCGUGCCGAAGCCAUUGAGAAGGGCCAGCGCGUCUUCACCAUGCAGGAGUGCACGCACAUCUGCCGUGCGGAAACCUUGUUGCAGGAAGAGCGACAAGAGCGAGAGCAGCGCGCUGCCCGCCUUCGGGAACGGCAAGCGCGCGGUCGAGCCGUGGCGGCUCCUGGAGUAGUUCUUGGGGCCGCGGAGUCAGCACCUGGUGGAGAGGUGGAGCGAAUCGCGGAGGAACCGCCG